AUGGGUGAUGAGGAGAUUACUUACACAACUGUGAGAUUCCAUAAGUCUUCAGACUUGCAGAACCACGGAAGGGCUGAUGAUCAGCAAGGGCCCAGAGAAGCUGGCCAUAGAGAAUCUUCAGUCUCUUGGCACUUCAUUGUGAUACCUCUUGGAAUCCUUUGUUCCAUUCUGCUGGUGAUAGUUGCAGUGUUGGUGACAUACAUUUUCCAAUAUAGUCAAGAAAACCAUGAACUACAGAAAAAUCUAAACAACCCCAAUCAAAGGAAUACCACCAUGCAAAAUAAUAACUGCUUAAAUGAAACUUGGAGAAAUAAGUCUACAGGGUGUGAUGACUUCAAACAUCAGAAGGACCCAGACACUCUCAAUAAAAAACAGAACAGAUGCUGUGGAAAAACUAAGGUUGUAUUUGAUUGUGUACAGCACACAGGGAAACCUGUUGAAGGACACUUGUUCUGCUGUGGCAUAAAAUGUUAUUAUUUCAUCAUGAUUGAUAAACGCUGGAGUGGAUGUAAACAGACCUGCCAGGACUGCAGCUUAUCCCUUUUGAAGAUAGAUGAUGAUGAUGAACCGAGUGCCACCUACACCCAGAGAGACCAUGGUCCAGAGUUUGCUCUUUGCAAUCCAGAAGUGAGAUUGUCUGAGAUGGGUAACUGGAUGACAAAAGAGAAAGUAACUGAGCUCUGGGACAAUCUGCCAAAUGGAAAUUAUAUGAGAACCGGGAAUUAA